UCUGAUGAUAAUCGAUUAAAAAACCUCUAACUUACAGUGAGGAGGAAUAACGUAGUAAAAAUAUAAGAUUUUUUAUUUUUUUUUAAAAUGCAUGGCGAAUAUUUUAAAGGUCACAAAAUCAUAUAAUUUCAAACUUAAACUUUAUUAAGAGUUAAGAUGCGUCACAUUCUCGAAAAUAUUUUAUUUUAAAGUCCUUAAAAUCAGGAGGGAUACUGACAAAGCGUGUAAAAGAGGGAGGAGGGUUUCUGGCUUCAUAGCUUCAAUCAACAGUGCCAGCAUAUAGCGGUGGAGAAGACGAUGGGUUCGAUUUCAGAAGAGAUGGUGAAGAAGCAGGAAGACCAGGCUGCCUCCUUUUCAUGGUGGUGGGAUAGCCAUAAUCGUCCCAAUCAAUCUCAGUGGCUUGAAGCUACUCUCUCAGAGUUGAACCAGAAGACCAAACUAAUGCUAAAUAUAAUAGAAGAAGAUGGAGAUUCAUUUGCAAAGAGGGCUGAAAUGUUAUUCAAAAGAAAACCUAAGCUCAUAAAGAUGUUAGAGGACUUUUACAAGUCGUACCGUUCGCUCGCCGAGAAGUAUGAUCAGCUUAGAUCUGAACUGAUUCAAGUCUCUCAUCUGAGAUCAUUUUCUUCGUUAAACUCCUUGAAAGUCCAAACCAUCCAGAAAUGUGAAGAAGAAAUUUCAACUUACUUGAAAGCCAAGUCUUUGAAGGCACAGGUUGAGACAGACCGAGAAUCCUUCGAAGAACACAUAUGGAAAAGGAGAAUAUUGAGCAGGGUGUAGAAUCUGAUGGUAAUGUGGGUGGAAAAGAUAAAAUGUUGGACGAAAAGAGCUCGGAAUUCAUUGACGAAAAUAUGCAGCAGCGGGCUGAGUUGAUAAGGAGAAACAAGGAGAAGAGUGAAACAAUUGAGCGGCUUUUGUCCCAGGUGCAUAGGCUAACGGAUGAGAACAGAAUUUUAAGGAGUCAUCUGGGCAGCCAUAAGGAUGCUAAUGAUCAUACAAUUACAAGGCAAAACAAGCCUCAGUUUUCAAGGUCUAAAUCCAAGGGGCCAUCUUUCCUUGGUAGGCUCACUGGAUGCACUGGAACUUGAUCUUAAUUAGUUACUUUUCAACUUAAUUAAGUAGCGUUUUAAGUUUUCAAAUGUAUCUAUUUAUAUGUUUUCAUAAUACAUAUGAAUAUUCCGAGUAAAUUAUGACAAUUGUUUUGAUUU